AUGAGAAACAAGCGGAUGAGAGUAGUAAUAACGGAGAAAAGAGGUGGCGAUCCGAGAAAACAGCGCGUUAUCAACGGAGCGACCUGUGGCCGUUCAGACCGAUUUCUCUGCAUUUCGGCGCUGCCCUGACGUUUCGCCACAGCUGACAGCUCUUCCUGCUUUCCGUCCUCUCGAUCCACGCCACUCUACUAUUCGCCGGUUAUUUUUAGUUAAAAACAACCCAUCGUGUUCAUUGAUUCGUACGUCGCCUCAGGCGAUCCAAGGUCAUCCUCCCACGCAAGAAAAUCACUCGGAGAUUUUCGAAUUUCUGUCAUUGACUAAAUAAAAGUUUAUAUAAAUGAGAUGCCUAUUCGUUCAUCAAAAUACAGCACUAGGAUAGUUUCUGUGGAUUGAUAGAACCAGUUCAAAAAAAUUUCAAACGUAAAUUUUACUACGAUUAGCUUCAAAAAAGGAAAAAAAUUUAGAGAAAUAUUUACCUAGAAUUUGAAGGAUGACGGAAAAGACAAAAAGUUAUUUUCUUAUUGCAGCUUGAAUAUUAUUGGUUCUCUGUAAAUUCGUUGAAAUGAAAAUAUAUCAUCUUGAAUUUUUUGUGUUCAAAAAAUCAAUUUUUUGGGAGAUCAGAUUUCUUGCAGUGCCUGGAAUAACGCUAAAAACGGCUCAUAUCUCAAAACAGGUGUUAAAAAUAAUGCUGUUUCAAAUGCUCCUUCAGAACUCUGGAGAAGGAUUAUUAAGCAGACUUUACAUUCAUUCAGCCAUCAGAAGACGAUGAAGACCGGGAAUCUCUAUUUAGGAAUUGAUCUCAGCACACAACAGGUUCGUAUGAGAGAAAUAUGGAAGUCCUUGAACUUUUUCUUUUUAACGGGAAAACUGAAAUAGUCAGAAGCGUUUUUAUCAAAUUGAUUAUUCUAAAAUUCUUCGAUUGAUGGCCCGACGAAAACGUUUUCCUAAUUUUCAAAUAUAUUUAACACUCAAAUUAAUAAAAAAUAAUAAUAAACCGAAAAUUGAAAUUUCAGGCCAAACUAAUAGUGAUUGAUGAAAAUGCUGCAGCAGUUCAUCAUAUGGCGAUCAACUUCUCUAAAGAUCUUCCUGAAUUUGAGUGAGCCUACUUUUUCCUUGCUAAACUCAAUUUUUUCAACAAAUACAGUACCGCCCAAAAGGUUGUGAACUUUUAGUUUUUUGGGCCUAAAUUUUCCCUAAGUGGGUAAUCUGAAAAUUUUUUCAGGCCAUUUUGUGGGAUUAAAAUACAUACUCACAAAAAUUUCAAAAAAAUAUGCAAGAAAAAAAUUUUUUGUGUUAUUUUUUUCGAAAUUUUGUAAAAUACGAUUCACCGUACAUUAAAUUCAAUCCACAAUUUAUGUAAAUAACAAAAUUUAUUGAAGAAUUCAAUGUGUAUAUAAGUUAUACAAGUCUAAUACUUGGUCGCGAAACCCCGAGAACUAAUCACAGCUUGGCACCGACGAGGCAGAGUCUAUCAAAAUAUCGAUGUCCGGUAUUUUCUUCCACUCUUCACUCAAAACUACCGUACACUAACUCAGAUCGGUUGUUUUUUCAGCGCGCUAGGCCUGAAAACCCAAAAGUUCACAACUUUUUGGGCGGUACUGUAUGCGUUUUAAUUUCAAAAAUAUUGCGAAAAUUGAUGUAUUUUGAAAGAGCAAAUUUCACUCAUAUCGAAGAGUCCUAAAAAUGACGUCAGAACGAAGGAUGGAGCGCGUUUCGGAUCGGAUGGGCAGACGGUGACGUCACCAGUGGCCAUGUGGCUUAAAGCUUUGGACAUUCUUCUCGAAAACUUGAAAAGAACCGUUGAUGUCGGCAAAAUCAAGGCCGUAUCAGGCUGUGCUCAAGUAAGAAGUUAGAGUAACAAAGUGAAUAAAAUUGGAAAAUCAUGGAUUGAUUGAAACAUUUUUGACACGUAACAGUUUCUUAAAAAUUGACUCGAGAGUGUAGACGGUGUAAUGGAGAGGACAAAGUGAAUUUAAUUAGAGUUUUGAUUUUUAAGUAAUUUUCUGAGAAAAAGAUCAUGCAACUUAUGGCUCGGUUUGUGAAGUCUCCUAACCUCGAGUAGAAAUUAGAUAAUCUUUGAUUUUUCACUUUAAAAAAGCCUGAGUUUUUUCAUUUCGCUAUUCAAAUAUUUCGCUUGUAACAUUUUCAUCGCCUUGGAUUUUUGAAAGAAAUGAAAGUGUUACGAGAGGAAUUUCAGCAACACGGUACUGUCUAUUGGAGACAUGGAGGCGAAAAAAUAUUAAUAAAUUUGGACUCAUCUACGACUUUUCAGGAAGGACUUGAGGUGAUUCUUAUCUUUUUCAAGAACAUUUCUUUCAAAUAUCCGCUGUGAUUAAAUGAAAACUUUUCAUUGAACAAAUCUUAUUUUUGAAGAUAGCCUUCUCUACAAAGGAUAGUCCAAUAUGGAUGGAUUCAAGCACAGAGUCCGAAUGCGGAGAUUUAGAGAAAAAUGCCGACGGAGCUGAGGUCUCUAGUUUAUUUUUCCAACAACUCUUUGUUCCUACAGGGGCUUUGCAAAAGAACUGGAUCAAGAGCUCAUCAUCGGUUCAGCGGAGCGCAGAUCAAGAAAAUUGUCGACAAAUCUCCCCAGAUAUGGAAAAACACUGAGGCAACAUUAGGCUUGAAAUAUUCAACCAGACUGAUUUUCAGCGGGUUUCCAUCAUUUCUUCCUUCGUUUGCUCCCUUUUCAUUGGCAAGUAUGCUCCAAUCGAAUACACUGAUGGCAGCGGCACCAACUUGAUGAGCCUGGAGGUCAUCAAGAAAAGAAAGGAAAGAAAAACGAAGGAUUUCAGAAGCAAGACUGGGAUCAAGAAAUAGUGGGAUCGAUUUCUGAAGACCUUCUGUCUAAAUUGGGACCUCUGGCGGAUCCUUCAAAGCUAGCUGUAAUGAAGAACUGAAGUUGAAGAUCUUUCAAAACAAAUUUUGAGGGUGAAGUGAGCGAAUACUUGGUUCGCAGGUACGGCUUCUCUUCAGAGUGCCAAGUUUACCCAUUCCUAGGCGAUAAUCCAUGUAAGUUGCCUUUUUUGAGAAUAGAUAGAUGAGUCUCAUAGUUCGUAGACUGAGGAUAGUGCUUAAAAAGGCUGAAUGAUGAUAUGAGCCAGUUCAAAGUUGAAAAAAAUCUGUCGUGAAAAAGAAAUCGGUUUUCAGUAUAGAAAGCUGGCACCGAAAAAUCAUGAAAUUGUAGCUAUAAAAAGCGAUACCAGGACUUUUCUGGUCGCAAACCCAGAAAACUGAAACUGUUCACUGAAGACGACAUCAAAGACUCAAAUUUCAACACAACUCGAAAAAGUCCAUAUUCAGCCUCGUUGGCGGGUCUGUCGAUGGCCGACGGCGACAUCGGCAUCUCCCUCGGAACCAGCGACACAGUCUUCUUCGUGACGUCAUCCUAUCGGCCUUGCGUCGACGCGCACUUCUUCUCGCACUUCUCCGGCAGGAACGACCUCUUCAUGGCUCUUGUUUGGUCAGUUCAGGUCAAUCUUUUGGAUUUCGAUCUUGUUUACAGCUUCAAAAACGGCUCUCUUACGCGAGAAAAAGCUCGAGAAAGUCUGGGAGUAGAAUGGAGCCAAUGGCAGGACGUCUUUGAGAAGACCCGCACAGGAAACAAUGGUGUGAUAGGCAAGAAAAAAUCUCAAAUCAAAAUUCACUGACUAGUCCAGGAUUUUUCUUUGACGCUGACGAAAUCGCUCCAAACGUCAGAAAAGGAGAGAGAGUAUUUGAUGCUGAAGGCAGAAAAAUUAGUUCGUUGGAACUGGAGGUUCGUAAAGUAUAUUAUGGUCCGUAGUUCCUUCAACACUGGCUUGAGACAAAAUUUAACGGACACCCUAAGCGAAAUAGUGUGCGAGGACAAAAGGUUUAGACAAUAUCCCAAGCUAGCGGUCGAUGAAAUUCAACUUGUCCACAACCUACAUGAAACUUAGGUGAAAGCUCGAGCAGUUUUCGAAAGUCAAUGCCUUCUUAAGCGGUUUUACACAGAGAAACUGGGGCUUCAGGUCGGCAAAGGUGAUUCCAAAGUAAUUACUAAAAAAACGUACCUGGAAUGUCAGGACGUCUUCUACUGACUGGUGGUGCAUCGAACAACGAGGCUCUGCAACAGACGUUGGCUGACGUUUUCUCGAUGGACGUCUACAUAAUCGACGUGCCGGAUUCAGCGGCUCUCGGAGGCGCUUUGAGGGCAAGAUAUGGUGCUGGUUCAAAAUAUACACCAACAAAAAAAAAAAUAUUUUCUAGCUCACAUGGAGCCCUCCCAACCCUACGACGAGUAUAACAAGAGCGAGAAGCUGAGGAAAGUGGCGAGCCCCAGGAAAAAGGAGCAUGAGACAUAUUCAAAUAUGAUGCCGAGAUUCGGAAAACUUCUAUCUGAAAUAUAA